CCACGACCACCCGACAACACCUUCUCCGAAUGGCCGCCUACGAGGAUGCGCUGGUGCACCACCUCCCUGCGAUCUCCACACUUGAGUCCUCGCUCAGGUCCUUGACAUGGUUCCUGCCUGGGCGGUUCAAGGAUGCAGAGCUGGCAUCGGAAGCGCUUGCAGCGUCUUUGAACCUGGUCAGCAUGUACCAUGAUACGCUCCUUGGCAAAAUCGUCCAGAAGAAUCCCAAAUACAGACCACUCAUUCCCACUUCUCUACACACUCGGUUCACGAGGGCAUGGUCCGACAAGAACACGCAAUACAGAUGGAUAGCCCGCACCCUGGAGUUCAUUCGCUUCACAGAGCUGGUUGUGGAGAUGACGUUGCGUCGGAAGGUAUCGGAGCGCGCGCGGUGGCGCAUCGUGGUAUUGAUCGAGAGUAUCAAGGCUCUCCUCCGAAUUGUUCUGUUGCGUAUCACCCGACGUCCUCUUCUGUCGCCGCCCAUACCUGAGAGAGACUUCGACCCGGCUGCGUUACCCGCGGAGCCUGACACGGCAGCAUCUCCACACGUUGCCCCCUCGGUCGCAGAGACGCAGUCGCCGCCGGCCACACCCGCUCAUCUGAAAAACAACAGGAUUCCACUUCCUCCGCAUCCUUUGCUUGUGUCUUCAUCAGAACCCAGUGAUACGCCUGCCGAGGACUACCUACUCAGCAAGGCGCUCACGGCAUCUUCUGUCAAGCCUUCGCAUGCCCUUCUCAAAACCCUUGCUAGUCAUCGAGACUGGCUUGCAGAAUACGUGUACAUUUUGAGGCCUUUGGUAUAUGUGUCAUUGCUGGUGACCGACAAGAAGCAAUCCAGUCGGCCCUUGGUCGUAGCUCUAGUCAUGGAGCUGAUCGCUCGGAACCUGCGUCGAAGUCCUCCACCUUCAGCAUCAUUGGAGCGCGCCGAAUAUGCUCGCCGCGAUCGCGACAUUGUAUGGUAUCUGCUCCGGGGUUCCAUUUGGGAAACGUACACUCGGCCCAAACUCGAGUCGUUUGCGACAGCGACAAGCCAGAGACCUCUCCUGGGUCUUGUUGGGGCCUUGGUCAAGGAUUGGAUCCCACUGAUCGAUGAAUAUUAUUACUACACUGCUCCCUAAUGUCCAUUUGAGUUGUAUUGCUAGACAUUAAGAUCAGUUCAUGUGACCUGCCGAACGCGUCGUCUAUCUUAUACUCUUCUGCCAUGUCGAAUCUGCCUGAGCUCACACGUGUCGUCACUCAGCACACAAAUGCUGGCUCGUCUACGCAAAUCCAAUCCUCUCUGCGGUUCGAUGAUAUCCCUGGGAUGGACGGAGCUAGGGCUGCUGGGGUCUGGGUCACGUCGGACGGAUUGCCCACAAAUGACAACAACUCGAGUCUCGAUGGUGCUCUGCGACAAGUCCAGGGAAUCGUUCAACCCAAUGGCACCAAUGUACGAUGUACCGAUCUUGCCCCUGGUGCAACCACUCCGAUGCAUCGAACGACGUCACUCGAUUAUAACAUUCUGUUGGCUGGGGAAAUCAUACACAUCACGGACGACGGCACUGAGGUUGCGCUGAAACAUGCGGGAGAUACGGUCAUCCAGAAAGGAACGAUGCACGCCUGGAGAAACCCGUCAGAAACAGAAUGGGCUCGUUGGAUGUGUGUCGUAGUUGCUGCCCAACCAGUUGUGGUCAACGGCCAAGCCUUGAAAGAUGAAAUUAAAUAGAAAUUGAAUUUCUCCUUGUUUCACGCGCUCCUACUGUAGAUUGACA